AUGGGGACAGACUUUGGGCAGAGCUUCCGUAAGGGAAUUGGCAUUCGGAAGGUGGAAAUCGACGAAAAAAGUGUCCUUGACUCACUGCCCCCGUCGGGUACGAUAUUCAUGUCCAAUGGUCCAGGGCGCAUCUCACCCCCAAUUACUCCUGACGUGGUUUCGGGGUCUCCGUCACGACAAACUUCAACAGAAUCUGCGUCUGAGAUCGCCCCCGAAAUCAUUGUGUGGACUGAAGAUAUGGAUAUUGAUAAUGCAAGUCCUGUUGAGUCUGAUGACGACUUGUCAAGCCUCAGCAGCGAUGUCGAAGAAGAGGCACCUCAAUUCAACGAUGACCCGACUUCGCUGCAGACAUCGACCGCAGACAAGACUACCGGCUGUGUUCCCUCGGCAUCACCGAAUCUUACGGAACUAUCAGACCUGUCCUCAAUACCAUCGACAGUAUCGAGUAAGGCUACUACCCCUACUCCAGUUGAAGCCGAGGGUGCACAAGAUCAUGACCAAGACCAAAUAACCGACGAGCAACCCCGAUCUCACCAGCAGUCACCAUCUCACGAUGCUGAGCGCUACAACUUUAGCAUCAGGCCAAAGGCCUCAAUACCGACCGAUAUUUCACCAUACAAAUAUGCAUCAGAAUGCAUCACGGCCGCCGAGUCCUGUCGACUCAAUCCAUACGCUCUACACCCGGAGGAAUAUCACCUCCUCCGCCAUCACCUAUCUUACACACAGGUCACAACCUACCUCAACAUCAGGAAUGGUAUCUUGCGUUUAUGGCUCAAACACCCUUGGAUCGGUGUUACUCGAAUAGAAGCAGUUGGGUGUGCCAACGCUCGCUGGUUCGAUGCGGCCAGCGUCUGUUAUGACUGGCUGGUCCGCCGAGCCUAUAUCAACUACGGCUGCGUGCAGGUCUCUGGAGCCACGACAGACGACAGUGUUGCUCCAGUCGUCAGAAGGCAAAAGACAAUAGCUGUUAUUGGUGCUGGGAUUUCCGGCCUCGGCUGUGCUAGGCAGCUAGAGGGUUUGUUCAAGCAGUUCGCCGAUCGGUUUCAAGAACGAGGAGAGCCGCCUCCUCGAGUGGUGGUGCUCGAAGGCAGAAGUCGUGUUGGAGGAAGGGUAUACUCUCGCGAGUUCCAAACAAAGCCUAAGGAGCCUGCCCCAGCUUUUCAUGGGAAGCGACACACUGCAGAGAUGGGCGGUAUGAUCAUUACCGGGUUUGACAGGGGAAAUCCUAUCAACAUCCUGCUACGAGGGCAGCUUAGCCUACCAUAUCAUGCACUGACGGCCGAUACUACCAUAUACGACAGCAACGGAAAAGCGGUAGAUCCUGUGCGGGAUUUGCUUGUAGAGAAGCUGUAUAAUGAUUGUUUAGAUCGAGUCAGCGAAUACAAACAUAAGAGUCAACCGGCAAAACUGAUCGAAGGUAGACGAGAUCUCAUUGAAGAGGGGCGCGAUAGCCCUGGGGACGGCAGUAAGACAAUGUACCAAGAGGAGGAGGCUUUCGCAGCACAGCCAGAUGCACCACCAGUGUCUGAACAAAACAUUCCAGACAAGGUCAACUUGGUGCCAGUAUCAUCAGACAAACUGACCGGCCGGGUUCACAUGGAACCUGGAACUCCGGCCACGACCAAGGCAUCUGACAAGGCCAAGCUUAUGGGUUGGACAAUACGAGACUCGGCCGAUGGGGAGAACAUCGACUUGACCUCAGCUGUGAAUGAAAAGGAAGCAACUUUGGGAUCUGUCCUCGACUCCGCCAUUUCUCAGUAUAAACAAAUUGUCGGGUUGAAUGCUCAAGAUCAUCGUUUGAUUAACUGGCACAUCGCCAACUUGGAGUACAGUAACGCAACCAGCUUGCACAACCUGAGUCUCCCCUUGUGGGAUAUUGAUGCAGGCAAUGAGUGGGAGGGAAGUCAUACCAUGGUUGUUGGCGGUUAUCAGAGUGUGGCUCGUGGACUGGCCCUCUGUCCAACACCACUUGAUCUCAAAACCAAGUUUCCAGUGAAAAGCAUAUCCUACCAUACUGGAGAUGGCAUGGCCUCGGCUGCGAUUGAAUGCGAAGAUGGCUCAGUAGUGGAUGUGGAUGCUGUUGUAUGCACGAUCCCGCUUGGGGUUUUGAAACAGAACAACGUCGUCUUCAAUCCAUCUCUACCAUCAUGGAAGACCGAUGUUGUUGAGCGUCUGGGAUUCGGCAUCUUGAACAAGGUUGUUCUGGUCUACGACAAGAUCUUCUGGGAACAUGACAGACACAUCUUCGGUGUAUUGAGGGAGUCAUCAAACCGAAAUAGCACAUCGCAAAAGGAUUAUGCCACGAACCGUGGCCGUUUCUUCCAGUGGUUCAAUGUAUCCAAUACAACAGGUCUACCAUGCCUUAUUGCUUUGAUGGCCGGCGAAGCAGGAUUUGAGACAGAGCACUCAAGCAACGAUAGUCUUGUGGCCGAAGCGACAGAGGUAUUGCGCAGUGUCUUUGGUCAAGAUGUUCCUUUUCCUGUAGAGGCUAUGGUCACUCGAUGGGGCUCGGAUCGAUUUGCUCGAGGCAGUUACUCUUCUGCUGCUCCCGGUAUGCAGCCUGAUGACUACGAUAUUAUGGCACGGCCUGUUGGCAAUCUCUUCUUCGCAGGUGAACACACCAUCGGCACGCAUCCAGCCACUGUCCAUGGAGCUUAUCUCUCCGGUUUAAGAGCAGCAUCAGAAGUUUUGGAGACCCUUGUUGGGCCCAUUGAAGUCCCGACGCCAUUAAUUCUGCCUCGAGAUUCUGUGUUACUGCGCAAGCGUAAGGAGCCUGCUAGGGAUCUAAAACCAGCACGGUUGCAAGCCUAUGAGCAGGAAAUACAGGCUCAUAUUCAAACGAAACUCGGAGAACGACCUAGUCGUCCUGGGAAGGUCGCUGGCAAUGCGUACAUUCUCUACAGCAAAGAUUUGUUUGACGUUGCACGGAAAAAGUGCGAAGAGAACCGCAAACCUGGCAAAGGUGGACGUGCCGUGCCUAAUGAAGUUCGCAUUAUGACAUCCAAGAUGUGGAAGGAUGCCACGGCUGAGGAGCGUAAACCGUACGAAGAGCAAGCCGCUGAACAGAAGCGCGGCUACGCUCAUGCUGUUCAUGCAUGGAAUGAGGCUACUGAACGAUGGGAUCAAGAGGCUGCUAGUCUCCGAGCAUCUUACGAGAAGGAGAAUCCGUUCAGCGCUGCCAAGAUGGGAGACUUGGACCGCGAACUCUUGCACAAGCAUCGUCGAACGAGGAAUAUAAGCUAUGCCGAGGAUAAGGAGAGUGACGUUGGGUUCUGA